UCGACGCGCCACAUCGAACGAGCAACAACGCUCAGAUACAAAGAUACGUUCGUUCGUUCGCUCGCGACCAGCGACAGAUUCCGAGAGCAACGUUGCGUAUGCGUGACGCGUGAAUCGCGUAGAGUUUAUUCCCUCACUUCCCCCACAAUAAACGCGUAGCAGUGCAGUGCCAGACCCAGACAUCCAUCCAUCUAUCCAGCGAUGACAGUGCCCGUGCAGCUUUGAGAUCAGCGAUCGAGAGCGGGGCAAGGCGGAUCCGCCGACGGCAAAACGAUAAAGUGAACGCGGCUAAGCUGGCAGUAACGGUGCAGCCACAACAAUAACAGUAACAAUAACAAUAACGAUCGCAACGGUAACGGUCAACGGUGAACAUGGAGCGAGUCCUGCGCGCAUGACAAGCAAACAGUCGCCGAGAUCCCUCCCGCCCGGUCCUGGGACAGAGGCCUGUCAAAAUAUUAGAGUACUCCCCGACCCCCCACACACACACACAACCCCCUCCCCCCAUACAUAAAACAGUGCAAUGAUCAAAAGUUAACAAACAAAUAAACAAAACGAAAAGGAUACAAAGCAAAAAGAGAGAGAGAGAGCAAAGAGAGUGAGGAGCGGCAGCGAAAGUGCUUAACGGUCACAAAAGUUCUCUUGAUGAAAAAUCACCUGUCCAACGUGCUGUGUGCAAUGCGUAGUGACUUCAAGGAUAAUCACCAGGAGACCAUCAAUAAAAUGAUACAAUUUGGCACAGUGAAAUAUGGCAUUGUCAAACAGCUGAAGGAUCGCGCUCGAAGCGCCGACAAAGAUACUGGCAGCGAUCAGGAGGAGAAUGGUGCCUGCUCGCCACUGACCACGGCCACGACGACAGCCAGUCCCGAGCCCGAGGAGGAACAGGAGCAGCAGCAGCAGCAGCAGCAGGAAGAAGCUGGGCAGACAGCAGCAGAGGAGAUCGAUGAGGAGCAGGAGCAACCCAUUGAGGAUAACAACAACAAAGUGGUCAUGACCAAGCCUAGCUCAGAGCUGGCUCAGUCCGAGUCCCAGUCCCAGUCCCACUCCGAGUCCAGGCCACAGUCUCCCUCAGUGAACACAGAGGAGGCAGCGACGGCGGCCAGUCCGGCGGCAGUGGCGCCCGAGAAGGACAUCGAAGUGGAUGUGGAAAUGCCAGAGACGAGAAGUUCGGCAGCGGCAGGUGCGGGCGCCACGCCCGUGACCCUGGAGGCCAUUCAGAACAUGCAGAUGGCCAUUGCCCAGUUUGCGGCCAAGACCAUUGCCAAUGGCUCGACGGGAGCGGACAAUGAGGCGGCCAUGAAGCAGCUGGCCUUCCUGCAGCAAACGCUCUUCAAUCUGCAGCAGCAGCAGCUCUUCCAGAUUCAGUUGAUCCAGCAGCUGCAGUCGCAGUUGGCCCUCAACCAGGCCAAGCAGACGGAGGAGGACGCAGACGCAGACGCAGACGAGGAGGAGGAAGGGGAAGCGGAAGCGGAGGAUGUGGAGCCGGAGGAGGAGACGGACACGUACGAGGAGGAGGAGCGCAUCGCGGACAUGGAACUCAGACAGAAGGCGGAGGCACGCAUGGCCGAGGCCAAGGCCCGACAGCAUCUGAUCAAUGCAGGAGUUCCCCUUCGCGAGUCCUCUGGCUCCCCCGCAGAGUCCUUGAAGCGUCGCAGAGAGCAGGAGGAGGCGGAGGAGGAGCAAGCUGCCAUGCGGCGUCCCCUCAGCAGUCGUCGCCUCAGCGCGGAGCCGCUCCACAAGGAGAACGCCCAGGAGGCGCUGGCCAAGCUCAAGGACAUGGAGAACAUGCCACUGCCCUUCGGCUCCGACCUGGCCUCCAGCAUCAUCACGAAUCACGACGAUCUGCCGGAGCCCAACUCCCUCGAUCUGCUGCAGAAACGCGCCCAGGAGGUGCUCGACUCGGCCUCGCAGGGCAUCCUGGCCAACAACAUGGCCGAUGACUUCGCCUUCGACAAGUCCGGCGAGGGCAAGAGCCGCAAUGAGCCGUUCUUCAAGCAUCGCUGCCGGUACUGCGGCAAGGUCUUCGGCUCCGACUCCGCCCUGCAGAUCCACAUUCGAUCCCACACGGGGGAGCGGCCCUUCAAGUGCAACGUCUGCGGCAGUCGCUUCACCACGAAGGGCAACCUCAAGGUGCACUUCCAGCGGCACGCCCAGAAGUUCCCCCACGUGCCCAUGAAUGCCACGCCCAUACCGGAGCACAUGGACAAGUUCCAUCCGCCGCUGCUCGAUCAAAUGUCACCCACCGACAGCUCGCCCACCCACUCCCCAGCGCCGCCUCAAGCUCCCGCUGCUGUGCCGCCCACUGCCAUGCCCGCGUUCCCCGGACUGCAGGGCCUGUACCGCCCGCCCAUGGAGAUUCUGAAGUCUUUAGGCGCCGCUGCUGGAGGCCCUCAUCCGUUCUUCCCGCAAAUGCCAGGCCUGGGCGCUGCCCUGAAGCAUUCCUCCUCCUCCAGCGACAUGCCCACGGACCUGCGCAAGUCCUCGGGUCCGAGUUCGCCGCUCCAGGAGCAGGAGGAUGAGGAGAUGUCUGGUCGCAUGCCCGUCAAGACAGAGCUCAUGGAGGAGGACAAGGAGGAGGCGGAGGCGGAGGCGGACACCUCCGCCAAUGAACCCGAACCCGAACCGGAGCCACUGCCGCUGGAGGUGCGCAUCAAGGAGGAGCGCCUCGAGGAGGAGCAGCAGCAAUCCCACCAGCAGCAGCAGCAGCAGGAGGAGGAAGCGGAACAGCAGCUGGAGGUGCGUCGCACGCCAUCCCCACGCGUGCGAUCCCCGCCAGUGAAUCAUCAUCGCAGCCAUCACCACCAUGGACACCAUGGCCAUCUCGGUUAUCCGCCGGUGGUGCAGCCCAUCCAGCCACCCGCGCUGAUGCACCCACAGCAGCCAUCGCCCGGCUCCCAGUCGCACCUGGACCAUCUGCCCACGCCGGGCCAGCUGCCACCCAGCAUGCCACAUCGCGAGGACUUCUUUGCGGAGCGCUUCCCCCUGAACUUUACGACCGGCAAGACGCUCUCGCCGGAGCACAACUCGCCCAUCCGGUCCCCCGCCCAUGCCCACGGACAUCCGCACCACGCCCACAUGGCCCGUUCGCCCUUCUUCAAUCCGAUCAAGCACGAGAUGGCAGCACUGCUGCCGCGGCCCCACAGCAACGACAACUCGUGGGAGAACUUCAUCGAAGUGUCCAACACCUCGGAGACCAUGAAGCUCAAGGAGCUGAUGAAGAACAAGAAGAUCAGCGACCCCAACCAGUGCGUCGUCUGCGACCGCGUCCUCUCCUGCAAGAGCGCCCUGCAGAUGCACUACCGAACGCACACGGGCGAGCGGCCCUUCAAGUGCCGCAUCUGCGGCCGCGCCUUCACCACGAAGGGCAACCUCAAGACGCACAUGGCCGUGCACAAGAUCCGGCCGCCCAUGCGCAACUUCCACCAGUGUCCGGUGUGCCACAAGAAGUACUCGAAUGCCCUCGUCCUGCAGCAGCACAUCCGCCUGCACACGGGCGAGCCCACGGACCUCACCCCGGAGCAGAUCCAGGCAGCGGAGAUACGCGAUCCGCCGCCCUCCAUGAUGCCGGGACACUUCAUGAAUCCCUUUGCCGCGGCUGCCUUCCACUUUGGCGCACUGCCAGGGGGACCCGGAGGCCCAGCAGGAGGAGGAGGACCCGGAGCCAUGCAUGGAGCGCACAAUGGAGCCCUCGGCUCGGAGUCGUCGCAGGGCGAUCUGGAGGACAACAUGGACUGUGGGGAUGACUACGACGAUGAUGUGUCCUCGGAGCAUCUGUCCAACAGCCACCUGGAGCAGGAGAGCGCCGGAUCGGAGCGUCCCCGCUCCGGGGAUGACUUCAAGUCGCUGCUGUUCGAGCAGAAGCUGCGCAUCGAUGCCACGGGCGUGGUGAACACUCAUCCCCAUCCCCAUGCCCAUGCCCAUCCCCAUCCCCAUCCGCCCGCGCGGCCACGCUCCUCCGCCUCCAGCAAUGCCAACUCCGUGGGCUCCGCCUCAGCGCCCACCAGCCCCACCUCCCACCAGUCGCAUCUGGCCAGCAAGCCCAGCGCCUCGUCCACGCGCGCCAGCAGUCCCGCUCGAUCGGAGGCGUCGCAGGGCGCCCUGGAUCUGACGCCACGGGCGGCGCCACAGCCACCGCCGCCGGCGGCAGCUUCGGCCUCCUCCUCCAGCUCCCGCUCCCGCUCGCCGCUGCUGCCCAAGGAGAAGCCCAUCAGUCCGCCGCAGUCGGCACGGAGUCCGCCCAACGGCCCACCGCAGCCGCCUCCUCCCCCAUCGAUGCUCUCCUGCUCGCCGCUGCCCCCUUCGGUGGCGAUUGACUGCCUGCCCCCGGGACUGCAGCACCAUCUGCAGCAGCAGCAUCAGCAUCUCAUGCAGCAGCAAGCGGCAGUGGCAGCAGCAGCCGCCGCACAGCAUCACCACCAUCAGAUGCAGCAGCACGCGGCAGCUCUGCACCAGCACCAGGAGCAGCUGCGACGCGAGGCGCAGGAGGCGCAGCAGAAGGCAGCGGCAGCAGCAGCAGCGGCAGCCCAGCGCCAGACCUCACCACAGCCCCCGUCCCGCUCCAGCGAGGUGCCCGCGGGUCCGCCCAAUCCGCUGAUGGGUGCCCGUCCGCCCUUCGGCAUGUUCCCCAACCUGCCGCUCUUCCCGCCCUCCACGACGCAGAAUAUGUGCAACGCGAUGAAUCAGAUAGCCCAGUCCGUGAUGCCGGCGGCGCCCUUCAAUCCGCUGGCGCUGAGCGGCGUGCGGGGCAGCACCACGUGCGGCAUCUGCUACAAGACAUUCCCCUGCCACUCGGCGCUGGAGAUCCACUACCGAAGCCACACCAAGGAGCGGCCCUUCAAGUGCAACAUCUGCGAUCGCGGCUUCACCACAAAGGGCAAUCUGAAGCAGCACAUGCUGACCCACAAGAUCCGGGACAUGGAGCAGGAGACCUUCAGAAAUCGUGCAGUAAAGUAUAUGAGUGAAUGGAGCUCUGAUCGCGAAUAAAUAGACACUCAAUCAGCCAUCAAGCACGAUCAGCAUGAAUGAGCGAUCUCCCUGUCGGUAUCUGGAUCACUUUCCUCCCAGAAGGCUGGACUGGCUGUCUCAGUCAAGAUGCAAUCGAUUCUCGCAACCAAAAUGAUCUCAAGGUUUACAGAAGGAGCGAGUGAGAGAGAGAGAGAGAGAGAGAGAGAGCGCGAGGGGCACGCUGGUCGGUGGUCAGAGAAGGAAAAAUCUUUUAUAUUUAUAAAUUGUUGGCCACAAAAAUAUUAUUUGAUUGCUGGUUC